CGAGCGGAGCGGGCCGGCCGGGGCGGAGCGGAGGUCCGCAGAGCAGCCCUCGGGCCCGGCCGCCCCCGCCCGGCCUGGCCGGCCCGGCCGCGCGGCUCUAUGGACAGGAGCUCCCUGCUGCAGCUCAUCCAGGAGCAGCAGCUGGACCCUGAGAACACAGGCUUCAUCGAGGCAGACACCUUCGCCGGCCUGGUGCACAGCCAUGAGCUGCCCCUGGACCCAGCCAAGCUGGACAUGCUGGUGGCCCUGGCUCAGAGCAACGACCGGGGCCAGGUCUGCUACCAGGAGCUGGUAGAGCUGAUCAGCAGUAAGCGCUCCAGCAGCUUCAAGCGGGCCAUUGCGAACGGACAGCGAGCUCUGCCCCAGGAUGGCCUGCUGGACGAGCCGGGCCUGGGAGUCUACAAGCGGUUUGUUCGCUACGUGGCCUAUGAGAUCCUGCCCUGCGAGGUGGACCGCCGCUGGUACUUCUACCGGCACCGCAGCUGCCCGCCCCCCGUGUUCAUGGCCUCGGUCACCCUUGCCCAGAUCAUCGUGUUCCUGUGCUACGGAGCGCGCCUCAACAAGUGGGUGCUACAGACCUACCACCCCGAGUACAUGAGGAGCCCCCUGGUGUACCACCCUGGGCAUCGCGCCCGGGCCUGGCGCUUCCUCACCUACAUGUUCAUGCACGUCGGGCUGGAGCAGCUGGGGUUCAAUGCCCUGCUGCAGCUGAUGAUUGGCGUGCCCUUGGAGAUGGUGCACGGCCUGCUUCGGAUCAGCCUGCUCUACCUGGCCGGCGUGCUGGCAGGCUCCCUGACGGUCUCCAUCACUGACAUGCGGGCCCCCGUGGUGGGGGGCUCCGGCGGGGUCUAUGCCCUGUGCUCGGCACACUUGGCCAACGUCGUCAUGAACUGGGCCGGGAUGCGGUGCCCCUACAAGCUGCUGAGGAUGGUGCUGGCCCUGGUGUGCAUGAGCUCCGAGGUGGGCCGGGCCGUGUGGCUCCGCUUCUCGCCGCCGCUGCCCGCCUCGGGCCCACAGCCCAGCUUCAUGGCCCACCUGGCCGGCGCGGUGGUGGGGGUGAGCAUGGGCCUCACCAUCCUGCGCAGCUACGAGGAGCGCCUGCGGGACCAGUGCGGCUGGUGGGUGGCGCUGCUGGCCUACGGGACCUUCCUGCUCUUCGCCAUUUUCUGGAACGUCUUUGCCUACGACCUGCUGGGCGCCCACGUCCCGCCGCCGCCCUGACCGGC